AAGAAAAAUCAAUUUCGGGACGAACGAACAGUCCAGACUCCAGAACCCACUACUCGAACCCGCAGCUAUUGGACAGUCGCUGCCCAUGGCUGCGGCGCCGGGGACCGGCCCCGGUUGCCUGGGGUCGCCGGCUCAGGCUCCCUCGAGCUCACUCGCCGGGGUUGAAGGCGCCCCGCGGCAGCUGGGCGUAUCGAAGCCGUCGUGGAUUGUCCGCACUGAGUCAAACGUUAGGAGGGAGAGACCAAAACGACCGGAUCCUCCUUGCACCAUCUGCAGAGGCACAGGGAGAAUAGACUGCCGAAACUGCUUUGGCCGAGGUAGAACAAACCGCGCCGAUCUGGUCAUGCUUCCAAAGGGCGAAUGGCCACAAUGGUGUCGAAUUUGUGGUGGUAGUGGUCUGGAUUACUGCCUCCGGUGCCAUGGAACGGGUGAAUAUCGAGAACCCAUGGGCUUCCACUUCACUGUCCAGAGAAAAUGAGGUUCGCCUUGUAUGCUACGAUGUGAAAAUGAGGUCCGCGUUGUAUGCUACGAUGUGCAGUGCAGUUGGUACCAGCUGCGGGGACAUUGUUAGUUACUCAGAGCAUUUUGUCAGGUGUUUUUGAGAUGAGUUAUGUCUAGUGCUAACUAUGUAGCAACGUUGCUUCACGAAAAGGGGGUUAAAAUGUAAUGCAAAAUCACGAGUGUGAAGGAAAACCCAGUGUUUGCCGUGCAUUGUAGUUUUUUUUUUUAAUUACUCCGUUCAUUGGUAGUCUUAGCUGUGUAUGAUAAGAUAGACAUAUAGUCUAUAACAUAGACAUAUACUGUAUAUAACAUGACUCAUCAGGCGCUGCUUGAAGUCA